AUUAAUAGUUAUAUUCAUUGUAUUAUAUUACCAAUUACUAUUGACUAUUAAUACAUUUAAACAAUAUUAAUAGUUUAUGUUAAACUUAAUUAUUCAUUCUGUACAAAACAAACAAACAGUAGUAAUACACUCUUGAAAUAAUUCAAUAUUCAAUUGAAACGAAACAUUGAUCAGUUAAAUAAAUAAACUUCCAUUAUUAUCAUUAUGACACAGUGACAAUGAUCCUUUUCUAAUUAUUCAUUAUUGAAUACAAUGAUCUCGAAACAAAAAUAUAAAAGUAUGAAUCAAUUAAAUAUCUUUUCAUUGAUCUUAUUAUUAGUAUUAUUAUUAUUGAUUAAUAAUAUUCAACAAAUAAAUUCACAAAAUAUUAUUAAUGAAAAUAAUAAUAAAAUUAAUGGAAACAAUCAAAAUACAAAUAAAAUAAUUGAAUAUAAAAAGAAUGAAGAGAAAUAUAAAGAUACUAUCGAUUUGUUACAACUUGUUGAAAUUGAUAAAUUGGAUAAUUAUGAAAUUACACGUCAAUAUGGAUUUUGUCCUUCAUCAUUCAUAGAAAAUCCAAAUACUGCUUAUUCAUAUCAUCGAGGAGAUAAAUUAAAGUUACCAUCAGAGAAAGCAUUCCCAACUAUAUUUCCUCAGGACUUUUCUAUUCUUGCUACUGUACGAUUGAAGCAUGAACAAAUUCAAAAGAUUUUUGAUGUCACAGAUGAAAAAGGACAAAGUCAAUUAGCUAUGUCAGUUGGAAACAACAUUGUUUUGCAUUAUCAUUUAUCUGAAGAUUCACCAUCCACAGUGGAAUUUUUAAAUGUCAAACUGAAUGAUCUAAGAUGGCAUAGAAUUGCAUUGAGUAUUAAAGGUGAUUCAGUCACAUUAAUUAUUGACUGUAAAGUUAUUACAUCAAAAUUGUUGAAUCGUACAUUAACUGAAAACCUGAAAUUUAAUAAAGGAAUGCUAUAUGUUCUACAAGAUAAAGCAGGAUCAGUCAGUUUUUCUGGUGCAAUCGAACAAUUAUUGAUUAUUCCAACACCAAGUGGAGCAUAUGAUCAAUGUACUAUUUAUUCUCCAUGUAGUGAAUCAGAUAAAACUGGUGAUGAGAUGCAACUUCAAGAACCAUACAUCUAUGAACAGACUAGAAAUUACGGUCAGCCAGGUGAAAAAGGUGAAGUUGGUCCAAAAGGUGAAAAAGGUCAACCUGGACGAGAUGGUCGUAAUGGAAUCCCUGGAGCUCCUGGUUUACCGGGUGUACCAAGUCAUAUAUUAAUGAUGCCGCUACCAAGUUUUGGAAAGAAUGAAUUAAGUCGUAUGGCCAGUUUUAGAACAACAGUACAACAAGCUGUCAUGAUGCUAAAAGGAAGUCGAGGUCAGCAAGGUAUGACUGGUCUCCCAGGAAUACAAGGUCCACCUGGACCAAGAGGUCCGAAAGGAGAUCAAGGUCUUUUUGGAGAACCUGGUUUUAUAGGUCCAACAGGUUUAAGAGGUCCUCCAGGUCCUGUAGGUCCUCGUGGUAGACCAGGUGUUGACGGUGAAAUAGGAGCAAGUGGGUUAGCAGGUCCUAAAGGAUUACCUGGUCUUUCUGGAUUGCCGGGUUUACCUGGCCAUAGAGGUCAUAAAGGGGAAAUUGGACCAAAUGGUAUUAAGGGAGAUGUUGGACUACGAGGUGCACCUGGUCCUUACGGACGAGACGGUGAAGUAGGUCCUCCUGGAGAACCUGGCGCAGUUGGACUUCAGGGCCCUAUGGGACCAGUUGGACCAGCUGGAUUACGUGGAUUACCUGGAAGGAUUGGACCAAAUGGACUCAAAGGUGAAUUUGGAGACUCAGGUGAAAUGGGCCCACCUGGCCCACAAGGCCCUGUUGGUCCACCAGGGGUACCCGGACCCCAAGGUAUACGUGGACUAACUGGAAAGCCCGGAGCAAGAGGGCCACCUGGUGUGACUGGACUACCAGGUAGCCCUGGAAUGACUGGAAAUCCUGGACCACAGGGAAAUGCGGGUCCUAAAGGAGAACCAGGAUUAACUGGAGAACCUGGGGAUACUGGUCCCGUUGGAGCCUCAGGCUAUAAAGGUGACCGUGGACCUCGUGGUUUACCUGGAGCUAAAGGAACUCAAGGAGCAGCUGGUUUAACUGGUGUUCGUGGAGAUAGAGGCGAAAAAGGUUCAAAAGGUGAACGUGGUCUUCCUGGACCACGAGGUAGUGAAGGUCCUGUUGGAUUAAAAGGUGAACCUGGUAUAGUAGGUGAACUUGGUCCUCGUGGAUUGGAAGGUCAGAAAGGAAACGAAGGUCCUCGGGGAAGUCCAGGAUAUCCUGGGGGUCCAGGUCCUAAAGGUUCCGUUGGGCCAGCAGGUGGUAUUGGAAGUCCGGGUGAAAAAGGCGACCCAGGUCAUAUGGGACCAUUAGGUUUGAGUGGACCUGUUGGACCACGUGGAGCACCUGGUCCGCGUGGGGCCCCGGGACAGUCAGGACCAGUCGGAUUCAAAGGUGAAGAAGGACCAACAGGACCAACUGGUCCUCCUGGGGCUGCUGGACCUCAAGGUCCAAGGGGUUCCCCCGGAUUCGUAGGAGUUCCGGGUCCUCCGGGUUUACCCGGUCGACCGGGACCUGUCGGACUUUUAGGAGAUCGAGGUGAACCUGGUGAACCGGGAAUACCUGGUGAAAUCGGGCCAGUAGGUAUGGUUGGUGUUCCUGGUCAAAUUGGAGAGCAGGGGGCACCAGGUGAACGUGGUCCUCCAGGACCACGUGGACCUCAAGGGGUUGCAGGUAAACCUGGGGUAGAGGGGAUUGAAGGAGUACAGGGUGAAAAGGGAACCAAGGGUGCUGCUGGUCCACCUGGACCGAGCGGCCCAGUUGGAUUACGAGGAACACGUGGACCACCAGGUCCAUCGGGCGACCCUGGGUCGAAGGGAGAUGAAGGUCGCAUCGGCCCUCAAGGAAGCCUCGGUGACAAGGGUGACAGGGGUCCACCUGGACCUCACGGACCACCUGGUCCCAUAGGACCAGUUGGACCACAGGGAUUGCCAGGAAGUCAAGGUGAACCUGGUGACAAGGGUGCACGUGGUCCUCCCGGCCCAAUCGGUGAAACAGGCGAAAAAGGUGUACAGGGAUUAAUUGGCAAGCCAGGCUUACGAGGACCGACAGGAGCCGAUGGGGAGCAAGGUGACCAAGGGAGUCCAGGACCACAAGGUACCAAGGGAGACAGAGGAGAAGCGGGUGAACAAGGUUCUGCUGGACAACAAGGAGCAGCUGGAUCUCCAGGUCCUCAGGGUAUGGUUGGGGAACCAGGAGAGAUCGGAAUAGCUGGAGUUGCAGGGAUAAAAGGUGUAGAAGGCAAAGUUGGACCACCAGGGGCACCUGGACCUGCUGGUGUACAGGGCUCACCUGGUCGAAGUGGUCCACGUGGGGAACCAGGUAUUAAAGGAGUGAUCGGUGCAGAAGGGCCACCCGGACUUCCUGGACCUGUUGGUUUGGCUGGAGCUCCAGGAAAAAUGGGAAUACCUGGCGUACCUGGUCCUCCAGGAUCACCUGGACUAAAAGGAGAACAAGGAAAGCCAGGUGCACGUGGUGAACAGGGGGCUCAAGGUACUACUGGACCACCUGGACCAAAAGGGAUGAAAGGGAUGCUCGGGAGACCUGGACGACAAGGUCAGCCUGGAUCUGCGGGACCACCAGGAAUAGUUGGAGAGCCAGGUGUUCAGGGUGCACAAGGGCCAAUGGGCCCAAUCGGUGCUCCAGGAUUGCCAGGCGAGCCUGGUGCAGCAGGUCCACCUGGAAAAGAUGGACUCAGAGGAGCUGUCGGUUUAGAAGGACUAUUUGGUGAUGAUGGCCCCCCAGGACCACCUGGACCUGUGGGCGUCCCUGGUGUUCAGGGUCCUCCUGGAACAGCUGGUGAGACUGGUCCUACCGGAGACCCGGGAGAUCGAGGUGCUGCUGGAUCAGUGGGAUUGCCUGGUGAACGUGGACCUCCUGGAAUCAUGGGAGCUGAAGGACAAGUCGGUCCUCAAGGGCCAGAAGGAGAGCAGGGUCUUCAAGGGCCACCAGGAGAAACUGGACCGAAAGGGAACACAGGUAAAACGGGUUCACCAGGUCCAAAUGGUCCAAAGGGAGAGUCUGGCCCGAAAGGAGUAAGUGGUAAUCCUGGAACAGUUGGACCGCCGGGACCUAAAGGAGAACAAGGUAGUAUAGGAGACCCUGGACCGACUGGAAAACAGGGUGAAAUGGGUGAUCAUGGAGAUCAGGGACCACCUGGUCCUAGAGGGCCUAAUGGUGAUGAAGGAGAAUCUGGGCCUCCAGGACCGACAGGCCCUCCUGGUCCACCUGGUCUACAAGGUCCUCGAGGAGAACAAGGUCAUCAAGGUGAUCCUGGACCAAUGGGUAAACAAGGUCCACAAGGUCAAGUGAAAAUAACAAAUAAUGGAGAAAAUCUACGAAUGAGAUAUAAGAGAUCAGCUGCAAUACAAUCUGAAGAAACACUUGAACAAAUUAAUCAAAAUAUAUUUGGACGUGUAGAUGCACUGAAUAAGAAAGUACGUUCAAGACGUUAUGCAACUGGUUUAAGUCCACAAAAUCCAGCACGAACAUGUAAAGAUGUCAGAUUGACAAAUAAAUUUGCUCAGAAUGAUACUUAUUGGAUCGAUCCAAAUGAAGGGUCAAACAAAGAUGCAAUUAGAGCGAAGUGUACAUUUUUUGAUGAUGGCACUGUUGAGACAUGUGUUGAUUCAAGUAUGGAUCAAGGAAUACUAGUUACAUAUCUGAAACCAUUACCAAGUGAUGGUGAGUGGCAAAGUCAACUUCGAGUGAUGAAUUCUACAACACCAUUAGAUUUACAUAAUUAUGGAAGUCAUUCACAAGUUAAUAUGUUACGUAUUCAACAUAGAUAUGCAUCACAGGAACUCGAAUUUUUAUGUGACGGUACAGAAAUCUAUGGUUCAUGGAAUUCACGUACAAGUCAAUCAGAUUUUAAUAAAGCAACAGCUCUUCUAGCACAUAAUGAACGUAUGCUUGAUUUAACUUCAGGUGAAAGAUUAGGACCAGGAAAAUAUCAUAUGGAUAAGCGUAAUUAUCGAAAUAAUUUAGAUCGUGUUGAUACAAGUAUUAUUGUAGAAUAUGAUGGAUGUCAGUACUUGACAAAAGGUGCAGCUACUAAGUUAUUGAUUGAAACAAGAGAUUUAGAAGUAUUGCCAAUUAUUGAUUUUAAAGUACGUAAUUUCGAUAAACAAGGAACAUGUUCAUUAAGUGUAAAUGUCGGCGCUGUAUGCUAUCGUACAUAGAAACAAACUACUAACAAAAUCAUCAUAAUCAAAAUAAUGGAACAGAGAAAAAAACAGAGAAAUUUCCGGAAAAUGAAAAAGAAACUAUAUUGAAUUGAAUACAUUCAUAUAUUCAAUAAUUAGUCAAUUACUAUUCAUUAUUGUUUUGCUUUUGUUUGUAUGAAUAAUCUUUCAAUUUCAAAUUAAUUUAAUCCAAGUUGUUUUAAUGUGUGCUACAAUUAAUAAAAUUGUACAAUGUUCGAAUGAAAACAAAUAAAAAGUUAGAUAAAUUAAACCAGUUAAACAUUUUUAUAUCAUAUUACAUCAUAAGCAUAGUUUUAAACAGA